AUGUUCUCGCUCCGCUCCGUCCUUGGAGCCCCCGGGGCUCUCCGCCAGCUCCUCCCCUCCGUCUCUCGUCGAUCUCUCCCCGGAGCCGCCUCCCUCCGGCCCUUCUCGCACAUGAUCCAGAACAGCCUGACGAGGUUGCGUGCUUCGGCUCAGAGCAAAAAUGCCGUUGCGGCGACUAUUGGUGCCUCCCGGCAGAUUGAGCAGGUCCGCGGAAUGAAGACUCGGUCUUCUGUUAAGCGGCUUUGUGACGGUUGCAAGCCGGUCCGUCGGAAGAACCGUGUUUAUAUCAUCUGCUCGAAGAACCCCAAGCACAAGCAGCGACAAGGAAAAUAA